UUUAUAGGGAAUCCAUUGCCAAUCCAUAGAGGUAUUUAGGUGUAAACAAACCAAAAGACCCAAAUACACCAAACAUGAACAACACCAUCUCUUUUGCUCUGCUUCACCUUGCAUUUUGCUUCACUUUAGUUUCAUUCACUCCUAUUUCUGCCCUGGAAUUGCAUGGAACUGGUGCCAACAUGGUCGAAACAACUUGCCAAAAGACACCCUUUUACAAUCUAUGCGUCUCGGCUCUUAAAUCCGACCCUCGAAGUUCCGGUGCAAACGUAGCGGGGCUAGCGCAAAUCGGAACUGAUAAACUGAAGGCCAAAGCCACCGCAACGCUGCGGCAGAUCACAGCGCUGCUUAAAGUGGCCAAAGAUCCGAAGCUGAAAAUGGCCUUGCGUGACUGUGCUGAUUAUUACAACGCCAUUGUUAAAUACGAUAUCCCGGUAGCUGUAGAAGCUGUCACGAAAGGCGACCCAAAGUUCGGUGUCGAGGGGGCGACGGAUGCAGCUAAUGAAGCCGAUGCUUGUGGCAGGGGAUUCAAAAACGAACCCAAGUUUCCAAUAUAUGCUAGCAACAAGGUUGUCCAUGAUCUUUCUGCUGUGGUUGCUUCCAUUGUCCAAUUAUUACUAUGAGGACGAUGAAAUGUUUUAACUGUUCUGCAAGAAACUUACUGUCUAAUGCCAAGUAAUGGGCAAUAAAAAUGUAUGUAAAGAUGUGUUAUAGAUGUUAUGAAAAAUGGAUAAAGAGUGAAAUGAUUAGUGGUUUUGUUUAAAAGAAGAA